AAUUAUAAAAAAAUUGUAAAUGCAAAUAUAAAAAGAAAUAUACUUAAAGCAUUCAUAGAAUAAGUAAGUUCUUAUAUACUUAACGUUGAAUUAAAUCAGGAAUGUGAAUUUAAUCAAUAAACUUCCAGCCCCGCGCAUACAACGAAAGCAAUAUUGCAACAAGGUACAGGAAACUGAUACAAGCUAUAUUUAUCGAAACAAGAAUUAAUAAAAAUUUAAUAAAUAAAAGUAAUAAAAAAAGACAUUUUUAUACACGUAAAAAUAAGCAAAAAAUAGAGUGAAAAACUUUUCGUAGAAAAUUACUUUUUAUAGCUUCCCUUCUAAAAAGAAAAAACAGCGAUCGAAGAGAAAUUGUCGAGGAUCACUGAUCAUCUAAUAACACUUACGCUUCGAUUGUUCGUAAUCCUGAGCUGCAGUCACGCCCCAACGUGCGUAUGAUGCGACACUUCACAUUGGUCUCCUGAGUCCCGGUACCCUUCUACCCGUUACUCAGUUCAGCCCUGUACUGUCACUUUCCUAAUAAAGAUGCCACGCUGUUAUAUGGUCAAAAAAGCGCUAUGCAACAAGUACAUUAAUAGUGUGGCCAGAGGCUUCGAAGGUUGGAGUACUCACUGCAGAAGUUCGACGCCGCCACCUGAAUCACAAGUUAAACUCCCAGCACCAAAACCUCGUUACGCCUCAUCCCUUGCCUCUGGAAUAUCAAUUAAAGAACGCGUACCUACGAUCAUAACAACCCCUUCAUCUAUAGUUAGUCUCGAAACUUCAAACUCAACUGCACCAAUAGCCCUUGGAAUAGGAGCAACAGAAAUUAUUAAGGACGUUAAAACGAGCAUCUGCAAUUCUUCGCACUUGGAAGAUACAUGCUCUAGUAGUCUGGUUAGAUCACCAGAUAGACCACCAAGAUCAAUUGAACAACCACUGGCUAAAUCAGCUUUCUCUCGACCAAAGCAAUUCAAAUCAAUUCACUGUUAUGAAAAUGACACCACAAACCAUGAUAUUCUUAUUCCAAGGCCUUGCAUAUCAUCCAAUGCAGAAAUACAGCUCUUCAGGGAUAGAUCAGCAGCAGAAACGGAAGCAGCUCAUGAUUUAUUAGAAUUAUCACGAUCCCUGCCACCCCUACCACCGCCAAGUAUUGUAAUUGGCCCGCAAAAUGUUAUCGAACAUCCAACAAGUGAUAUUCAAGAGAUGACAGUUUACCAGCCUAGCGAACAAUCAAUGUACCAAGUCAACACAAUUGAUCUUACGAGCACAACUACCUUUUAUCAUCCACAACCCCAGCAUCCGCACAUUCAUCCAAACACAGGUCCACCAACCAGCAUAAUUUAUGAACCAGCAACAUUGGUACAUACGAGUCAUGGAGACCUCUUCAUUCCACUUUCACCAGUGCACGAAAUUUUAUUCUAUAGCACACCAGCAAUUUCAACAUCAAUGAUUACUCAACCACUUCAGUCGCAGCUGCAGCAUCACCAACCACUCAUCCAACCACAAUUACAGCCACAGCCACAAUUUUUAUAUCAGCAAUCGGAAACUCAAUCAAUGACGAUUGAAUCUGUGCCACCGUUGACUCCUCCGAGCUCCGAGUGUAGUAGUGAUGUAGAAAAUAGCAAUCCAAAUUUACAGAGAAACCUUCACGAUAAGGAGGUCCAAACAGUUGUUCUGGAUCAAACAGAAGUUAAAGCAGCUAGUUAUACAUAUAAUACACUACUUGUUGCAGACGGUAGACUGAAACAUCGCAAGUUACUGCCAUCUGAGUUAAAACAACAACACCAACAAAAUCGGCAGAUUCGGCAACAGCGUCAGCAGCAGCAAAAAACAAUUGAUGAAUUUGAAAACGUUGAACAACCUGAAACGUCCAAAUUAGGCAGAUAUAUGUGUUACGAGUGUGGCAAACAAUAUGCUACCUCAUCCAAUCUUUCACGGCACAAACAGACUCAUCGCAGUAUUGACUCGCAGUCCGCAAAAAAAUGUAUUCAUUGUGGCAAGGCAUAUGUAAGUAUGCCUGCCCUCGCUAUGCACGUACUCACUCAUAAGCUUGCCCACAGCUGUGGUGUUUGUGGUAAAAUGUUUUCAAGACCGUGGCUGUUACAAGGACACCUUCGCAGCCAUACUGGUGAAAAGCCUUAUGGCUGUGCUCAUUGUGGUAAAGCCUUUGCUGAUAGAUCGAAUCUGCGUGCUCAUAUGCAAACACACUCAUCUGAUAAAAAUUUUGAGUGUUCUAAGUGCCAUAAGUCGUUUGCCCUCAAAUCUUACUUAAAUAAGCAUCUCGAGUCGGCUUGUCAACGUGAUAAUGAUUAUGAUUCUAGCAAUGACCUUGAAAUAUCUACAUAGGAUUGUUAAGUAUCCGAUACUGGUAGUCAACACUU